AAGUUGCAAUUCUCAAUUUCUGCUUGACAUAACACUUGGGGGCUAGAUACUCACAGGGCAAAUUUUGGUGACUUUAUUCUCAUGUUACAAAAUUCUCAGGCAAGUGGUUUGGUGGGAAAAUGGAGACAGUUUAUCUAGUGCAUGAAAUAUGCGCUUCUAUGUAUAAGUGAGAUUUGAGUGUAUGUGAUUGGGGCUUUUUUGGGCACUUCAAUUCCAGUUAGGCCAAAUAACCAAAGAUGGGGCUAAUGAAGUGCAGUCAACUCGGAUUUCCUUCACAGAGCCUACAACUCCCGAAAGGCAACGCGUCUUCGAGCCUUCAACGUGUAAUCAGGCCCCGCCUCUCUAGGCUUCAUGGAAGAGGUUCUCCAAUGGCAGGGCUUCCAUCGCGGGACCGGCGGAUUAGGCUGUGAGUUGCAGAAAGGGAGAAGACAAUUCUGGGACAAGUCGGGUCGCUUCGGGCUUGGUUGUGGACGUAGACACGCCGGCUUACUGAAGGGAUCGUGGCCUUUAAGGAAGAGCAAUAAGCAUUGGGGGCGACUGGAAAAUGCCUGUCCAUUCCCGUGGGGACAAGAAAGAGACGAAUCAUCACGAUGAAAUGGAGGUGGACUACGCCGAGAACGAGGGAAGCACCUCGGAAGACGAGGACACUGAGAGCUCGUCGGUCUCAGAGGAUGGGGACAGCUCAGAAAUGGAUGAUGAAGACUGUGAAAGAAGAAGAAUGGAGUGCUUAGAUGAAAUGUCAAAUCUUGAAAAACAGUUUACAGACCUCAAAGAUCAGCUUUAUAAAGAACGAUUAAGUCAAGUGGAUGCAAAGCUACAAGAAGUAAUAUCUGGAAAGGCACCAGAAUAUUUGGAACCACUGGCAACUUUGCAAGAAAAUAUGCAAAUCCGAACAAAGGUAGCAGGAAUCUAUAGAGAACUCUGCUUAGAAUCUGUAAAGAACAAAUAUGAAUGUGAAAUCCAAGCUUCUCGCCAGCACUGUGAGAGUGAAAAGCUUUUGUUAUAUGAUACUGUACAGAGUGAACUAGAAGAGAAAAUUAGAAGGCUUGAAGAAGAUAGGCACAGCAUUGACAUUACCUCAGAGCUAUGGAAUGAUGAGCUUCAGUCAAGGAAAAAAAGAAAGGAUCCCUUCAGUCCAGACAAAAAGAAACCAGUUGUUGUAUCAGGCCCCUAUAUAGUUUAUAUGUUACAAGACCUAGAUAUUCUUGAAGAUUGGACAACAAUUAGAAAGGCAAUGGCUACACUUGGUCCACAUAGAGUAAAAGCAGAACUCUUUCAACUGAUCCCUUUAGCACCUGUGAAACUGGAGAAACAUCUGCACAGUGCUAAGUCUGAAGAGGGAAGAUUGUAUUAUGAUGGUGAAUGGUAUAUUCGUGGACAGACAAUAUGUAUUGAUAAGAAAGAUGAAUGUCCCACAAGUGCCAUAAUUACAACAAUUAACCAUGAUGAAGUGUGGUUUAAGAGAUCUGAUGGAAGCAAAUCCAAACUUUAUAUUUCCCAACUACAGAAAGGAAAAUAUUCAAUAAAGCAUUCAUAAUUACUAUUAAUUACUAACUAAACCUAUCCAUAUUAGUGUUAUCAAGUGUGAUGUGCCAUGGGAGUAAAAAUGUAUUUAGUAGUUUUUACAUUCUCAUAACAUUAUGAAAGUACUCAUAUUUGGACGUAGUAUUAUAUGUAUAUUUCAUAUACAUAUAUAUGUAUUUUACAUACACAAAUACACACACACAUAUACUUUUUUUAAUGGUGAGAAAAACUUAAUCAUGAUGACCAAAAUAUUUUACCUAUAAGUUGGGUCCAACACCUAUAAUAUAUAAAGAAUGGCCUUCCAAAAUACAACACAUGUUUUAUCACUAAACUUCUUUGUUUGGUUAAAAAUUAUGCAAAUUGGGCUUUUCUUCAGUGUACUAUGUGGGGUUGUAAAACUUCUACAUUUUUUUCCUGCAACUUAUUUAGUUUUUCAUGUCCAUGUAAUUCAUUGUGUAUUUGUAAAUAAGCCUGAUAAAACAUGUAGAUGUGUAAUAGGAUAUAUAUUAAAUCAGAAUUGAAACACUUGUUGAGGGAGGGGGAGCCCUAACAGCUAACCUCAUAUCAAUGGCCUUACAUUAGUAUUUAUUUCUCUUACAUUAAGCUACUGGGUUAAAAUUUCUAAAAGGAGCACUUGCUUAGAUUACCAGCACUCCUCCCCCUUAAUAGUGUAACAAUGACAUUUUCCCCCCAGAUUACACUUGAUGUUAAUUAGGAAAAUUAAUGUCAAUUCUUCUGCUUCUACCUGUACUGUUCAUGGCCUGUAGAGGUCAUGAAUGUCUGAUAUUUUAUGCUGCAGUAUGUAAGUGAUAAUAACUAACAGUAUUGUGGCAUAUGCUGUGCUUUUCUGGUCUAUUGCCUUUUUUGAAAGAGAUUCUCAGUAAACUUUUUCAGAGGUAAAAAUAUGCUUUUAUGUUAAUUCUGUGUUUAAUACAAAAUAAAUAGACAGUGAAAUUUGUUUAAGUUCAUUUUCUCAAAAGAAUAUUUUUUCUUUAAGCCUUUAUUUGCUUUAAGUCCAUUUUUUGUGAUUUAGAAAGUUUUGGUUUCCUUCCCUUUAAUCAUAUUCAGAUUUAAUUUUCAAAGCCCCAGAACAGUGAACAGAGUUAGAAUCCUAAGUAUGAUAGCACACUUUUGUAACUGUAGUAUAGAUGAUGGGACCAAAAUUAGUAUUCUUCUUGUUUCUGUGCACUUUACUUUUUAUUAUAAUGAGACUUGAAGGGAUGGGGAAAAAACUAGCUAUUAAAAUUUAUGGCAAGAAUUUCUAUUCUUGCAUAUUUCAAUUUAUCAUUUUCUUUAUCUCUCAGAAUUUCUAUACAGAUUACUACUACUUGACCAGUUGCCAAAUUUUAAAAUAUUUGAACUCUGAAGUUCAUUAUUAACAAAAUUGUCACUCUAGGUGUCUCAUAAAUGUUAGCCAAAUGUACAUAAUGUUAUAAACCAAUGGUUAGUCUUUGACAGUACUUACAUACACAGUUGUUUGUUAAACAUUUUUGUAAUAAGAUAUUUGUAUUUUUAAAUUUAGUAUAUAAUAAAAAUGAUCUGUGCUAGAGUAUCAUUUUUCAGUAUGCUUUUCCAUGUAAUCUGCUAUAAUAACUGAUGUGUUGGCAAUACUUGUUGCACAUAAAUUUAGUGUUAAUGAUCUUUGAACUAAUGUUCCUGAUGUAUUCAGCUGAAAAAUAGAUUCAUAUAAAAAUUCUAUAUCAAGAAAGCAUACUUAUAAAAGAUCUUUAAGUAAAAUAUAGAAGGAAAUAUUUACAUCAAUUAACAUAUCCUCAAGAACUUUAAAAGUGAUGUGAUAAUGAGUAGUAGCUUAUAUUUGUAUAGUUUUUAGCCAUUUAUCAAGUAUUUAAAAAUAUUAUAUUAUCUAGCCCUUACAGUGAUCUUUUAAAAUAACUUAGAACUGUCAUUUCUGUUCACAGAUGGGACUGUGAGAUUUGCAAUGUUGAGCCAUGUAAGACUCAAGCCCAAAUCAUUCCACUGUGCCCCACAGAGCUGUGUUGUUCUAGUGUGAAAACUAGUUUCAGAAAAAAAUAAAUAUAUUCUUCUGAGAUUGAAAAAA